CUUGCUUGACUCACUCACUAAUUGGUGCCGUCUACUGUCGCUCAUCGCCAAGCCCGAAGUCCUGUCCAAUCGGAUAGAAGAGGCUGAGAACGGACCAAUCAAAUAUGGAGACUGAUCGCGGCGGGCAGGCCUUCGCUGUGGCCUUUGUCUGUCCCCGGCCAUCUUGGAUCUGUAGCCUCGUCCUGUAAGCGAUCCCGAGGUCUGGGGACAGUGCUGCGGCCUCUGUCUCCCGUGACAGCCGCUGCGGGGAGGCCCGCGGAGGACGUGGGAUGUCACAGCCUGCCAUGGAGUUGGUGUCCUUUGAGGACAUAGCUGUGUACUUCACCUGGCAGGAGUGGCAGGACCUGGACAUUGCUCAGAAGCUGCUCUACAGGGAUGUGAUGCUGGAGAACUACAGCAGCCUGGUGUCCUUGGGCUGCUGCAUGGUCAAGCCUGAGUUGAUCCUCACGUUGGAACAUGAAUUUGGGCUAUGGAGGGUAGCAGAUACCUCAGUCUGGAACCUUCCAGGGUACUGUGUGACCAGACCAGGGUUGAACAUCAAGUUGCAGCAUGGAUUUGAGCCAUGGAGUGCCUCCCAACCCUCACUCUGGAGCCUCCCAGAUGUGCGUAAUUUAAGUGGCCUGGGAAAUCAAGAGACAAACUUGUGGCAAGUUGAAGUCACCAACGGCAUUACAUCAUAUGAACAGAUGGUUGAAGCAGAACUACAGAUUCAAGAGAAAAUGCAUCAAGGGGCAAAACCGUAUGACUAUAACCAAUGUAUGGAAACAUUUGAUCAGAAUUCACAGCACACCAUGAAUCAGACAUCUCAGUCACAUGAGAACCCCUUUGGAUGGGAGGAAUGUAGAAAAUCCUUCUAUUAUCAGUCCACCCUCACUCAACAUCAAAGAUUUCAUAUAGGUGAGAAACUCUAUGAGUCUCCGCAAUGCUGGGAAAUUUUCCCCUGGAAGCCCCAAGUCAGUGUACAGGACACAUUUCAUGCAGGUGAGAGACGUUACGAGUGUGAAGAAUGCAGGAAGUCUUUCCACCGGAAGGCAAACCUUAUUCGACAUCAGAGAAGAACACAUAGCAGAGAGAAGCCCUUUGAGUGUAUAGAAUGUGGGAAAAAUUUCUACUGUAAGUCAGAUGUAACUCGACAUCAUAGAAGAACUCAUAGUAGAGAGAAACCCUACGAAUGUGUAGAAUGUAGUAAAACUUUCUACUGUAAGUCAUACCUUAUUCGACAUCAGAGUAGAACUCAUAGUAGAGAGAAGCCCUAUGAAUGUACAGAUUGUACUAAAACUUUCUACUGUAAGUCAGAUCUUACUCGACAUCAAACAACUCAUAGUGGGGAAAAGCCUUUUGAAUGUAAUGAAUGCUCCAAAACAUUCUACUAUAAGUCAGACCUCGCUAAUCACCAGAAAACUCAUACAGAUGAUAAUCCCUAUGAAUGUAAAGAAUGUAGAAAAACUUUCUGCUCCAAGUCAAGCCUCAAUCAACAUCAUAGGAUUCAUACUGGUGAGAAGCCCUAUGAAUGCAAUGUAUGUAAGAAAAGUUUCAAUUCUAAGUCAAACCUCACUGAGCAUCAGAGAAGAACUCAUACUAGAGAGAAGCCCUAUGAAUGUAGUGAAUGUUGGAAAUCCUUCUACUGUAGGUCAGAACUCAUUAAUCAUCAGAGGACUCAUACAGUGGAGAGAUACUAUGAAUGUAAAGAGUGUAGGAAAAAUUUCUACUGUAAGUCAAACCUCAAUCAACAUCAAAGAACUCACACAGGAGAGAAACCGUAUGAAUGUAAAGACUGUAACAAAGCUUUUUAUUGUAAGUCAAACCUCAAUCAACAUCAGAGAACUCAUACAGGUGAAAAACCUUUUGCAUGUAAAGACUGUACUAAAGCUUUCUAUUGCAAGUCAAGCCUUGUUAAACAUCAAAAAAUUCAUUCAGGUGAGAAGCCAUAUGAAUGUGAAGAAUGUAGGAAAACUUUCUUCCAAAAGUCAGAUCUCACUCGACAUCAGAGAACACAUACAGGUGAAAAACCCUAUGAAUGUAAAGAUUGUAGCAAAACUUUCUAUUGUAAGUCAAACCUCAAUCAACAUCGGAGAACCCAUACACAUGGAAAACCUUAUGAAUGUAAAGAGUGUAGGGAAACAUUCUGUUCUAAGUCAGAGCUCACAGAACAUCAAAGAAGUCAUACAGACGAGAAACCCUAUGUGAUGUUUAAUAUCGAUUGUCAACUUGACAAGAUCUGGAAUCAUCUGGGAGACAGGCCUCUAGGCAUGCCUGUGAAAGAUUAUCUAGAUUAAGUUAGCCUCUGGGGAAGUCUGAUUAUCUUGAUUUGCUUAAUUGAAGCAGGAAGACCCACCGUAAAUAUGGUGGCAUCAUUCCCUGGCCUGACGUUAUGUACUUUAUGGAAAGGGGUAGCACCAUUCUGUAGCCUGGGGUUCUGGACUACAUGAAAAGGAGAAAGGUAGAUUAAGCAUGGCCAUUUGUUGUUUUCUGCUUCCUGUCUGGAUGCUACCCGACUAGCUGCCUUAGGCUCCUGCCACAGUGACUCCUCUGCCGUAAGGGCUUGUACCUUCAAACUGAGCCACAGCAAAAAGUACCUAAUCUAGGAAAUUGGUUCCGAGAAGUGACGUUGCUCUGAUAAAUUCGGCGAUAUGGUUCAUGGGCCAUUGGAAAUGGUUUUCAUGAGGAAUGUAGAAGAUUUGGGGACUUUGGGCUAAUAUAACCUUUGAAUGCUAUGCUACAGAGCUAAAUAGGCCAUUCUGGUGGAAGUUUAUAAGAUCAGGAGGCAGAGGGAAGUACAGGCUGUGGAGGCUUGGCUCAUAAGGCCUCAGAGGGGAAUAAGAACUGUCAGGAAGUGGGCUGGAGACCAUUUGUGUGAUUCUUUCCAAGAAUCUGGCUUCAUUCUCCCUGUGUUCUGAGAACUCAAGUAAUGGCGAAUUUAAAGAAAAUGUGCCGAUCUAUCAGGCGAAGAAAAUUUCCCAGUGGGAGUGUAUUUUGACUGACACAGCUUCUCGUAACAGCACUUGUAAAGUUCACAGUGAAAAAACUUGCUUUGAGCAAGUGCAAAAGUGAUCCAGACUUGCAGCAUCUCAUGGAUUAAGAAAGCCACAGCAAAGCAACAUCUGUAGGCAAGGCAUGUAUGAAAAAAGAGGCUUUCUUAAAAGAACCUGCUUUGCCCCAGGGCAAUAGGAAAUGUGUGUGAGUGCCCUGCUGCACCUACCAAAGGUUUCAGCUCAUGACAAUGCAGACGUAUUUGAAAGUAAAAAGCCAGGACUGAGAAUGCAGCUGCAGGGGUUCCCUACUCUUUGAAGACAACUCCCCCGGGCCCCUGGACUCCCCUGGGCUCCCCGGGGAAGUGUUUCUGUAGGGUCAACACACUCUAGGUGGCAUAGCUGUGAUCCAAGAGGGCACCUUACAUGUCUAAUGAGCAACAGCUCUUGGAAGUUUUGUGUAUGUAAUAAUAGUUUCCUAAGCAUGAAAGGUGGAAUACUGAAGGGGUCAGGUAGACUUGCUCCAGAGUUUCAGAUGGCAGUUGUGGCUAGGCAUUCUAGAUCAGGACUGGAGUUUCUACACGGAGGCUCUGAUUGGCCACUGCAUGAACCUGUGAAGGUGAACUCUAAGUUGCCAUGGAGACUCCAGUAUAUAAGUGACACCAGGACCAUGGGGGCAUCCACCAAAGAAACCUACAGGCAAAGAGUGGGGCCAGCUUUAAAGAAAGCCACAGGCAGCAGAGAUGGAAGGUCUCAAGUACUUUGGAUUCCAGAUGACUAUUUUACAAGUCUCAGAUGCUGGACAUGGAGCAGCAAGAUUUACUGUUUUCUCUGCUGGGUUUCAGCCCUCAUUUUUCUUUUCAGGAAUAGGAAUGUUUACGCUUUGCUUUUAUGUAUUGGUACCAUGUAACUUCCUUUUUUGGUAUUAAGGGACCUCACAAAUAAAAGAUUGUUUCAGAUGAAACUUGGACUUUGGAUAUUAAAACAGCAUUGGAAUUGUUGAAGACUAGGGACUUUGGGUGUUGUACCUAACACACUUUGCAUUAUGAAAUGGCCAUCAGCUUAUGGGG